AUGGCUGAUUCCGUAGCAACUUUUGUGUUAGGUGUUAUCUCAAGAAACCUUUGGGAUGUCAAAGAUGACCAAGAUAAGUAUCUCCUUGAAAUAACUGCAUUUUGGGCACCAUUUCUUCUAUUGCAUUUGGGUGGCCCUGAUACCAUUACAGCGUAUUCCUUGGAAGAUAAUGAGCUAUGGUUAAGGCACUUGCUUGCAUUAGGCUUUCAAUCAGUGGCGGUAAUUUACAUAUGGAUUGUAGCUGGGACAGGUUCUCAACUCUGCAUUCUUUCAAUUUUGAUGUUUUUCCCAGGAAUAAUCAAGUAUGGUGAAAGGAUAUGGGUCCUCUGGUUAGCAAGCAAUGGGAAACUCAGAGAAUCCUUGCUCCCUCCUCCUGAUCCUGGUCCCAAUUAUUACAAAUUCUCGAGGGAAUAUACUUUAAAGCAGUCUGAGGGAUACCAUGUGACUGUAGAAGAGAUUAAGGAUCAGUCGAUGAUUCCUCUUAUCGAGAAUGAGUUCAUUCCAGAUGGAGCUGAAUUGGUUACUGCCUACGACUUACUCCAAAUUUUCAAGAAUCUUUUUGCUGACCUUAUCCUCGGUUUUGAUGAUAGGAACCACAGUCAAUCUUUGUUCAAUAAAAUUUCUUCAGAUAAAGCCUUUAGAAUGAUGGAGAUGGAACUUGGAUUUAUGUUUGAUAUACUCUAUACCAAAGCAACUGUAAUACAUUCAUCCCAUGGCUGGAUUCUUCACAUAUUCAGUUUGUCUUCCACUAUUAUUGCGUUGGUAGUCUUCUCAGUCCCAGUCAUUGAUAAGCAUAAGUACUCAACUAUUGAUCUAGUUUUAACUUUCCUAUUGCUGAUUGUUGCUAUACUGUUAGAGGUAUAUGCAUUUUUCUUACUGCUCUCCUCCGACUGGACCAGGCUUUGGUUGACUAAACAUGCAACCACUUGCAUCGGCCAAGCCAUUUCUUUUAUUCAACAACCUGAACAACCUAGGUGGUCAAAUUCCAUGUCACAGUUCAAUCUGUUGAGCUUUUCCCUCAAAGAUAAGCAGACGAUCUGUUAUGGAAUCCAGAAGCUCCUUCGCAUUGAUAAAAUGCUAGAAAAUAAUCGGUAUACGACCUGUGAGACAGUCACUGUGGAUUUGAAAGAAUUCAUAUUUGAGUAUCUCAAAGAGAAAUUCGAUCAUCUCAAAAGAAGUUCAAAUGAUGAGAAUGUUCUCAGGACCUUGUGUUCCUUCAGAGCAGGUGAAGUACUAGAAAAGUUUAAUCAUAAUGAACUGGAUUGGAGUAUUCAGGGACAGUUUGACAAAAUAAUUCUUAUCUGGCACAUUGCUACAGAUCUCUGCUACCACUUGGAUUGGAGAGACCAAGAACCUGCUAUGUCAAAUGUUAAGUUCAGCAACUGGCUAUCGCAAUAUGUGCUUUAUCUUUUAGUCAUUUGUCCUUCCAUGUUGCCGAUGGGGAUUGGGAUGAUAAGGCUUCAAGAUACUUGUGCUGAGGUCACACGAUUUUUUGAAGAUCAUGAGUACAUGGCAGAUAGUGUGGAUUACAGUCAUAGGUCUAGGAACACUUGCUUGUUGGGUGUAAAUUGCUUCCUAUCAAGAGAACCCGCAUUUGACAAAUACCAAGCAUGUGAAAUACUGUCUAAAGUGAACACUCCAGUUUUGCCAGCUAAAGUGAAAGGGGACAGAAGCAAAUCUGUGUUAUUUGAUGCAUGUAGGCUUGCAUCAAAGUUGCAAGCCAUAGAAGAUAAAAAUCAGAAAUGGGAGAUGAUUACUAGGAAUUGGGUGGAGAUGCUUGCUUAUGCAGCCUGCCAUUGCAGAGGGAAUUAUCAUGCUAAGCAGUUAAGCCAAGGUGGAGAGCUUCUCACACAUGUGUGGCUUCUUAUGGCACAUUUUGGUAUAAAUGAGCAGUUCCAAAUAUCACAGGGUCAUGCAAGAGUCAAGCUAGUCGUACGAUAA